GUGUGUGUGUGUGUGUGUGUGUGUGUGUAGAUUGUGAGCAAACUAAAGGAAGAGAUCGGAGCCAUGGAGAAAGAACACGGUGAGCUGCAGCAGCACAUCUCCAGGACGGACUGGUGGUGUGAAAACCUGGGCCACUGGAGGGCUACCAUCACUACUGCUGAGGCUGCAGCAGAAGAGGGUGGAGAGACAGUGGCUUCCUACAGUGUGUGUGUCAGCCUGGUGGAAAUAGAGGAGAUGGCUAACAGUCGCUGGAACGUUCAGAGGAAACUCACUGAGUUCCAGAUGUUACACCGCAAACUCACCGAG